UGUUUAUGUGGAUGUGUAAGUGUGUGUGGUGAUGAUGAUGAUGGCGGAGCUGGUGCAGGGACAGGCCUCGAUGGCUCAGCCCGGGAUGAAGGCGGACGGAUUCACGGACCCGUUCCACCGCGCGCGACAGAUUGGUAAAAUUGGUGGAGAGCAGAUGACCCAUCUGAACAACACUUCUCCAGUUAUCGAUGCCUCGCUCUAUGGGUACGGAGGCCAGAAACGCUCAUUGGACGAAGGAGUGGCUAACCAGCUCGGUGCAAUGGUACAUCAAAGGGCUAUAGUAACGGAAGACUACAAAGUGCCUGAUAAGAUGGUUGGAUUCAUAAUUGGUCGGGGUGGUGAACAGAUAACAAGAAUUCAGCUGGAAUCCAACUGUAAGAUCCAGAUCGCUUCUGACAGUGGAGGUAUGAUGGAUCGGCCUUGCACCUUGACUGGAACCCCAGAGAGUAUUGAGCAAGCCAAGAGGUUGUUGGGUCAGAUCGUGGACCGGUGUCGGAACGGACCGGGCUUCCAUACUCCGAUGGAUGGGAACAGCUCUGUCCAGGAGAUCUUGAUUCCUGCCAGUAAAGUUGGUCUGGUCAUCGGGAAGGGAGGAGACACCAUCAAGCAACUGCAGGAGAGAACAGGAGUGAAGAUGAUUAUGAUUCAGGACGACCCGAUGCCCACCGGAUCAGACAAACCUCUCAGAAUCACUGGAGACCCUUAUAAAGUUCAGCAAGCACGAGAGCUGGUGGCCGAAAUCAUCAGGGAUAAAGAUCAGGGUGAUUUCAGAGGAGCUCGCAGUGACUUCGGCUCUAGACUGGGCAGCAGCAUUGAUGUGGCAGUGCCCAGGUUUGCAGUGGGUAUCGUCAUUGGCAGAAAUGGAGAGAUGAUUAAGAAGAUUCAGAAUGAUGCAGGAGUCAGAAUCCAGUUUAAACCAGAUGAUGGUAUCAGCCCAGACCGGAUCGCUCAGGUGAUGGGUCAGUCCGAUCGAUGUCAGCACGCCGUUCACCUCAUCAAUGAGCUGGUGCACACAGCACAGGAGCGUGACGGUUUUGGAGGUCCGGUUGGCCCCAGAGGUCGUGGCAGAGGUCGUGGUGAUUGGAGCAUGGGAUCCCCUGGAGGACUGCAGGAAGUCACCUACACAAUACCUGCUGAUAAAUGUGGCCUUGUGAUUGGAAAAGGUGGAGAAACCAUUAAGAACAUCAACCAGCAGUCCGGUGCUCAUGUGGAGCUCCAGAGAAAUCCUCCUCCAAACACGGACCCCAACGUCAGGAUCUUCUCCAUCCGUGGGUCUCCUCAGCAGAUGGAGAUGGCCAGACAACUGAUAGACGAAAAGAUCGGGGCCACUGGAAUGGGGGGAAACGGCAGUUUUGGACUCAGUCCUUUCACCCAAGGACCAGCCACCCCUCACCAGAAUGGUCCGCAGACAUUCAUGACUGGAGGUUGGGGUACCACAUACCAGACAUGGCAGCCCCAGGGCCAACAGGACCCCAGUCACAAUGGAUCCCAGACCAGCCAGAUGGACUAUUCCAAAGCAUGGGAGCAGUAUUAUAAAAAGCUAGGUCAACAGAACCAGGGACAGAGCAGCGGGUCGGACUACAGCAAAGCAUGGGAGGAGUAUUACAAGAAACAGACUCAGGCAGCCGGUCCUGGGUCUCAGCAGAGUUCUCCUCCAGACUACAGUGCCGCCUGGGUGGAGUAUUACAGACAGCAGGGGGCGUAUUACGGCCAGGGACAGACACAGGCUCCCGGCCUUCCGGAUCAUUAAAGCGGCGACCACAGACCCUUUAGAAGAUUUUUGAAUCACUGCGAGGAGGAAACAGACCUUUUGUAACAGAGGUUUCUAGAUUUGCAACGCCUUGAAGACUUUGACUUUUUUCUUAGUGAGAAACACUAGCUGUAGAAUGACUUCUAUGAUUAAAAAAAAACAAAAAAAAAAAAAAGAGCGAGCGCGAGAGAGAGAGAGAGAGAGAGAGAGAGAACUAUUUCUAAAUCAGGACAUUAAAAUUGUUACUAAAUACUUGUGUACUCCAUUAUUUGAAUGGGCAACUUCCGGGGAUCCUUUUUGGGAGCGUUUCAAGAGUGGGUUUGUUUUCUAUUCUUCUUAUCGAAUUCAAUGUUAUCACAAGCCAAAACGAACCCCGGAGUUGUAACAUUUUCAUCGAUCGCGCAAUAUAAUCUAUUAUUUUUCUAGUUCUGUUGCAAUAAAAUGAUUGUGGGCUCGGCGGUCUCGACUACGCUUAUCGUUUUGUUUUGUCAUGAGAUGUUUUAAGAAUAUGUACAAAAUGUUUUCUUAUUCAUGAAGCAUUAUAAUUCAGUGAGAUGAAAAACUGUGAUUUUGUUACAGAAAAAUAUAUUAUUUUGUUACUCAAAAAUACAAUGAAUGAUGUUGGCGGCGUUCCUGACGUAAUUCCUCGUGUGCUUUGUAUUCUGUUUUUCAUUGUCGUUUUAUUGUACUCUGGUUUAAAAACAAAGGUGCAAUAUCUUAUUUCAUUUUUGAAACAAAGACGGACUUCUCUAUUGACCGACGUUUAACUUGUAGUUCUUAGAGGUUUUUUUUAGUCGUAUAUGGAUAAUUUUAUAUUCCAGUGAUUUGACGGGAACGGGUGGUCUCUUGCAUAUGUUGUGAGGUUGUUGUUUUUUGCCUUUGCUAUCUUGUAAAACUAUGUAUGUAUGCUCGAUACUUGACUAAAUAGUUUAUUUAAAAAUAUAUAUAUAUAAUCAAAUCAAAGACUUUUUUUUUCUUUUUUUUUCCCUGUUUUUCUGUUUUCAUACUGAAAUUUGUCAAAGAUUGUGAAUGUGUAAUUUGAAAUUUGAUGUUGCAUCUUGCGUACAGAUGAACUUUUAUGUAUGUAUCUUUAAACUGAAACUUUAAAGCGUUCGAGACCGCUGAGCCCCGAGAGCCUACCUGUGUAUUAAUUAAGUGUCGUUUUUUUAUAUUCAAAGUAUUCAAAGAUCAAAGUUGCGUCUUGUUUGGUACCACCCCCCGUUUCUCUGAAGCCCCCUAACCAGUACACACUGUGGAGUCCUGUACAGUCCCAUUGGAAUAACUUUUUAAUUAUAUUUUUUUUUUCCCUUUCUAUUCUGUGUGAUCUAAUAUAUGUAUGAUUGAGUAGUUACAAAUUGAUCUAGUAUUAACUUCAUUGCUUAAUGAAAAGGGAUAUUAUAAUUUCAAAAUGUUUAAUUUUAGUGUUUCUUUCUUCCUCGUGUACAGGUAACCAUGUAUUAAAAAUAUCAAAA